UUCUAUGCUAAAGACUUUCCGAAAGAAAGCCGUGAAAGUGAGAGUGAUUGAGAGCGGUGUUGUUGACCCCCGUUUGGCCCACACCACACUACAUAUACGAGACGGAGCCACAAGGCAAGGUGUUGAGGAGGUCUAAAGAGGUCUAAGCCCUAAAGAGAGAUACGAGUACUCGUACGAGGAGAAGUAAACGGACACGGAGUAGCAGAAGAAGAAGGAAAAAGGGCAGUCGGCAAUCGCACAGAGAUCCGCUCACCCAUAAGUCCAACAGCCACAAACUGCUCCGGAGAUAGAUGCCCGGCAUAGAUAUAGUGGAGUAAUCCCCAUAAAAGUCAAUGUUCUGGGCGACAUCAAGCGAAAUCAUUUAAUAGGCAGCCGGCAGCUACGUUUUUAUUAAGCAUACGCCGCGUUGCCCAGCCAAAAUCGGAGAAGGAGAAGGUAGAGGAGUACCCUGCCCCACAUAAAUUAGUAAUCAAGCGACACAAAGGCCAAACGCCAAACGCCAGAGGCUGAGCUCUGGGAACUGCGAGCUGGGAGCUGGGAACUGGUGGCUAGGGAGAAACUAAUAAGAGACGACUUAUUCUUAUUGAAAUUAUGAUUAAUGACGGGAAUAUUGCACGACAACAGCGAAGAGUAAAUCAAGGCAUUGUGUGGCAUUAGUUGUGCUUCAUAAUGAUGAGCACAAUGAUCAAGAUGAUGAUGAUGAGCAGCAGCAGCAGUAGCAGCAGAUUAGUGCUGUAUCGCCACCACCUGACGAAUUGAAACCGCGCAAUUCUGGAACACAAGGAACCCCGUUUGAUGGCUUCGUCCGUGCCGGAGUGCGUUGCAGCCGCGGCUGCAGCGGCAGCCCGACGGCGACGCCAUCAGAGCAACCACCGUACACUGAUCUCCACCGCCACACUGACGCUGCUUAUACUCUUCCUCAGCAGCUGGGUGGCCUAUGCAGCGGCCAAGGCGGCUACCACGGCCACCCCACCACGGCUCGAGGAGAGCGGCACGGAGUCGGAGUCGGUCACGAUCACGGACUUCAACAGCAGCAGCGCCUUCCUGGGAGCCGUGGCAGCCGCUUCGUCCUCGGCUUCAGCUUCGGCCUUUACUGCCACCACAGCGCUACCAUACCCAUACUCCUCAGUGUCGCUCAACAGCAGCCCCGUGGCGAUCAUAGCCCAUCAGGGCAUCACCAGCAGCAUUGCGGACAACAACACCACUUUGGGGCCGCUCUCGGACACCCCGUUGCUGAUUGAGGAGUUCGCGGCCGGGGAGUUCGUCCUGCCCCCGCUGCAGUCCAUUUUCGUGAGCCUCGUCUUGCUAAUUGUGAUCCUGGGCACCGUGGUGGGCAACGUCCUGGUCUGCAUCGCCGUGUGCAUGGUGCGGAAGCUGAGGCGCCCCUGCAAUUACCUGCUCGUCUCCCUGGCCCUCUCUGACCUGUGCGUGGCUCUGCUGGUUAUGCCCAUGGCCCUGCUCUACGAGGUUCUGGAGAAGUGGAACUUCGGUCCGCUGCUCUGCGACAUCUGGGUGUCCUUCGAUGUACUCUGCUGCACCGCCUCGAUCCUCAACCUGUGCGCCAUCUCCGUGGACCGCUACCUGGCCAUCACCAAGCCCCUGGAGUACGGCGUGAAGCGGACGCCCCGUCGGAUGAUGCUCUGUGUGAUGGUUGUGUGGCUGGCCGCCGCCUGCAUCUCGCUGCCGCCGCUGCUGAUACUGGGCAACGAGCACGAGGACGAGGACGGAAUGCCCAUCUGUACGGUGUGCCAGAACUUCGCAUAUCAGAUCUAUGCCACGCUGGGCUCCUUCUACAUCCCGCUUUCCGUGAUGCUGUUCGUCUACUACCAGAUUUUCAGGGCUGCCCGUCGAAUCGUCCUCGAGGAGAAACGGGCCCAGACUCAUCUCCAGAAGGCGCUCAACGGCAAGGGCUCACCCACUGCCGCCGAUCCGCCGCUGGGCCACACGGAGCUGGUCAGCGGCAAUGGACAGCGGCACAGCAGCGUGGGCAACACCUCCCUCACAUACUCCACCUGUGGGGGACUCAGCAGCGGGGGCGGGGCCAUCAGUGGCGGUCCUUCUGGGGGACAUCACGGUGGCCACCAUGGCAGCGGGGGCGGUGCGAGCGGCUCCACCGGACUCCUGGGGUCGCCGCACCACAAAAAGCUCCGCUUCCAGUUGGCGAAGGAGAAGAAGGCCUCCACCACGCUGGGCAUCAUAAUGUCGGCCUUCACCGUGUGCUGGCUGCCCUUCUUCAUCCUGGCCCUCAUCCGGCCCUUCGAGACGAUGCACGUGCCACCCUCACUCUCCUCCCUCUUCCUGUGGCUGGGCUACGCCAACUCCCUGCUGAAUCCCAUCAUCUACGCCACCCUCAACCGCGACUUCCGCAAGCCCUUCCAGGAGAUCCUCUACUUCCGCUGCUCCAGCCUGAACACGAUGAUGCGCGAGAACUACUACCAGGAUCAGUACGGGGAGCCGCCCUCGCAGCGGGUGAUGUUGGGGGAUGAGCGGCACGGAGCCAGAGAGAGUUUUCUCUAAGGGAUAAUGGACGCUCAAAGGCAGGGAUGUCGUGUCACGGCAUGGAGACUCUGCUUCCGGGGACAACGAUGACAUCUUUGCUCACUCACUCACUCACUCACAAACACUUAGUCACACACAUACACGCAUAUAAAAAGAGUAUUUGUAUGUAGUAGUGUUAGUAGUGCACCGCCCCCCUACAUACGCAUAUGCACGUGGAUAUGGAUAUGCACGUGCAUGUGUGUAGGUGCGAGAUAACAUAUAUGUAGACGACUCCUCUAAACGUAACUCGUUGUUGUAAUUUUAAAAGGUAGAUCUAUAAGUAUUCACACGUACACAUACACACGGUUGUAACUGUGACAGGUUUCUACGGUUCCUUUUAUGUUUCGAAAACAAUCAGCACCGGAAAUGAGCCACAAUCGUUAUCGAAUCUAUCUGAUAUCCUAUCCUCCCUGGUUCCCCUAGUAGGCCACUCCCCAAUCGCUAGAGAUACUCAAAACAGAGCCAAAAAUUAACCUAAUUAAUAAUCUAGAUACGUAUCGAUAACCUACUACGAUAUAAUUAUGUUCUGUGCAAGGACCCAAGCAUUCUCUGUAAAUACGGUUCAAGGGCUCUGUUUCUAUACAUAAUAAACAUAUACGAUUAUACUAUAUAUAUUGUACGAGUGCUCAAGGGAGAACUACACUACCUAUAAUAUUGUACUAUAUUUUGUAACUUUCUGCAUUAGUCCUUCGUUGUAUUUUGUAUGAAAAAGUCACGCCUCUCUGUGAUACCAAACAUUAAGCAUUAUCGUACUCUUAUGUUUAGAUUGAAGAAUCGAAGCUGCAUCAGACGUAACGGAACGGAACGGAACACACGCAACACCUACUUAUACAAACAAACAUUUAGAUAUAGUCUCUACUAAGUGUGCAUGUUUUUAUUGUAUAUGAUAUGUAAUGUAUGUAAUGAUAUUCACAAGAAACCAAACCAAAACACAAGCGAAAGAUAAACUAUCAAAACUAUUUACAUACAUACCACACCAAACCACACCCCUACCGCACUCAUGAGACGAAGCCAUGACAAGAAACUAAGCUAAAGCCCAGAUAAUAUUGCAGAACUAGAGUUCUCUAUGAAAACUACAAACAUAACAUCAAAUAUUAUAGUAACUAUAACAAAACAAAACAAAAGCUUACCAAACUGCAGAACUGCAUUUGAAAACUGUUUUUCCAAAGAGCGCAGGUGCAGGUGCAGAAGUUAAUGCAUCAAAUAAAAGGCAAACCGU